CAUAUCUCUCCAUUCAACACGUCACUCAUCUGCUCCUGUCACCACAUCAAUUGGGUGGAUCACAGCCUCUUGCUUUGCUAUAAACAUCCACAGUCACCUUGCAGCGUAUCCUUCGCACACUGAAGAGAGCCCUGUCCAAUAUCACAGAGUGUUGAAGCUAUACAUAUUCCAUCACAUAAAGCCAUGAGCCGCUUGCUGGAGGUGUUUAUACGGGCAAACAGCUCUUCUGAAGAGGACACAGAUACCUGCGACUCCUCGAAUGACUACAAUGGACGAGAGCUCUUGAGAAUCGUCGCCAUCUUCAUGGUGAUGGCCAUGUCAGCCUUUGGAUCUUUCCUCCCACUACUCUCUUCCAAGUACUCAUCUAUACGUCUGCCUCAGUGGGUAUGGUUCCUGGCCAAAUUCUUCGGUUCCGGGGUCAUCGUCGCCACAGGGUUUGUUCACUUGUUGCAGCCUGCCAAUGAGGCCCUCUCGAAUGACUGCUUAACAGGCCUGGUCACUGAGUAUCCAUGGGCAUUUGGUAUCUGUCUGAUGUCAUUGUUUGCUCUCUUCUUCAGUGAAAUCAUUGCUCAUCACUUCCUGAAGAGGGCUACAAGAGGUGGGAGUGGCCAGCAGGGCACAGUUCACAGUCAUUCUCACUUUGGAGAGCUCAGUAAGCCCCAAGAUGACGAGGCUCUGCCAUCAUCUAUGCAGAUGGAAGAGGAUGAGUAUGAGGAGGCAGUACCUCUGGUGGACUAUUCGUAUAGCACAUCUGAGGCUAGCACGAGCAAUUAUUACCCUCAGAGCUCACAGCAGCAGGGCAGUGCAAAUUAUUUCAGCCAGAUCCUAUCAGUGUUCAUCUUGGAGUUUGGUAUUGUCUUCCACUCGGUGUUUGUAGGGCUCUCAUUGGCCGUUGCUGGCGAAGAGUUCCAAACACUUUUCGUUGUGAUUAUGUUCCACCAGAUGUUUGAAGGCCUGGGACUAGGGACGAGGAUAGCAGAGUGUCCCUGGGAUGAAAGUCGAAGAAGAACACCGUGGAUAUUAGCACUGGGGUUCACUUUGACUACUCCAACAGCAAUUGCCAUUGGGCUCUGUGUUAGAAGCUCCUACUCCCCAGGAUCAGCAAGAGCUUUGAUCAUCAAUGGAGUAUUUGACGCAAUAUCCUCUGGAAUAUUGAUCUAUACUGGUCUUGUUGAGCUCAUGGCACACGAGUUCUUGUACUCAUCACAGUUCGACGGAGAAGAUGGGCUCACACGGAUGUUGGUCGCCUUCCUCGUGAUGUGUUCCGGUGCUGGGCUAAUGGCUUUGCUCGGUAAAUGGACAUGAACACAUGUACGCUACUGUUAUGUUUAAAGAAUGUAUAUAACAUUAAUGGAUACUUUAC